AUGGCAAAAGCGGAAGACAAAACCAAACCAAUAACCGAACAGAUAACAGCAACAAAGUUUGCAUAUGAUGGUCUGUCGGAAAAAUUCCGAAACGUUUUAAAACAAUUUAAAGGUAAAUGUGCAUCUGUUGUCGUCGUAUUUGAUGGCAUUUUUGAAUCAAAUAAACGUCGAAGACGUGAUCCAAAACGAGAGAGUACUAUCAGAUUUGUUAAUGGUCAUAGUCGUCUACCACCUCUGUUGCAUGAACAACUUAUGACUAUUAUACAUAAAUUAGAUAUUGAGGUUCAUGUUGCUACUGGUGAAGCCGAUCCUAUUAUUGUUAAAAUGGCACAAACUCGUGACGCAUACAUUGUUGCUCGUGACUCAGAUUAUUUUCUUUAUCAAGACAUAAAAGGUUAUGUGCCACUUAAUAAAUUGACAUUUCCAAAACUUCAAGGACAAUAUUAUCAUAUGGCAGACGUCUUUCAUGCUAUGACACAGCAAGGUGUAGCACUAUGGGCAACGACUAUUACUUAUGAUUUUAUCAGUUUGGAUGUUUUACAAGAACAGUUUCCCAUGAAACAUUCAAAAGACAAGAAAAUAUUUAGUUGCUGGCUAGAAAGGUCGGAAUCAGAUAGUGAAAAACAAAAAAGACUUACUUGCCAAUAUAAUCUUCUUCGUUAUAUUCAACAAGUCGGAGAUAUCGAAGCAUUUAGCAAAAUUAACAAAUUCGUUUCUUCAGAUGAUUCAGAAGAAUUCGAACUAUUGAUAGGAAGUUACGUCAAAAUCUCUUUACCAAAAUUAAGAUUAACACCAAAUAAAAAUCAAAUUCUUCCAUACCUAAAUCAACUCUACACUGAUGGCAAACUCGAUCAUGCCAUCAUUAAUAUUCUUGUUCGGAGACAAAUUCUAUAUCAUUGGAAAGGAGACAAUCGAGUACAUUUAGAUUUACUGCUACCUAUCUGUCAUAUGCUAGUCAAAUGGGAUCAUCAGACGUCAAACGAUACAAAUUAUCCUCCGACAGUAACAUUCAAUGGAAAAACUUACAAUCCACUUGAGCUCGUUGAAUCUGAUGAUCUACCAACACUUGAUCGAUUUAUGGACCUUAGUUCAAGCAAAAGAAAAUGUUUUGUUUUGGGUUGUGUUGAUUUUGCUCUUCGACCUAAAGAACGUCUCAAUUGGCAUGGUGUUCAUCGAGAUUACAGAAUUUGCUUUUCUCUUUGGAGACUUUGGUUACAUACAAAAACAACAGAAUCAAAUACGUCCAAAGCGACUCUAUUGGCCUUGAUUAUUUCAUUUCUAAAACAUUCUCUUCUUGAUACAUAUGAUGAAACAGAAGAAAGAUCACCACGAAGCAAAGAAUUACCUGUAAAACCUUACCGUCAGCAUUCACAGAAAAAAUUGAAAAGCUACUUUUCAUUAGACAAAUGUUCGAAUUUACGAGAUAGAAUAAAAAAAUUUGCAGAAAUUGUUUUGUCAAAUAAUGAAAUUGAAAACAAUAUCGAAGAAUGUCAACAAUUUUAUAAAGAAUUGUUAAUAAUCAAUCAAUUCUCUGGACAACCACUUUAUAUACCACCACCACAUUUCUUCUUUAGUCAACUCACCUAUCCACUGGCUGUUCGCUUAAGUCAAUCGAAAGAUAUUUGGGAAGAUAUUACAAAUUUCUGCUCAAAAAAUGAGCUUCUGGUUGGAUUUAUCAAAGAACUUUAUAAGACAAUUUUGUAG